CGUUCAUCGCGCCUUGAUAAACAUCUCCACUCCCACAAAUACAACGCCUUUUGGCCUUCGGGCUUCGACUCUCUACGGCGCAUAGUUGUCGGCGCCGUUCGCUGUCCAGCACUCCCACCCUUCUCCUUCACAAUGUCCCUCCGAUCUAGCAAGAUCCCCGAGACGCCCCGCGUCAUCUCACCGAGUCCCACGCCUUCCGAGCGAGACGUUUCCGACUACACGGGCCCAGUUACGCGCUCCGCCGCCCGGAGGAGGACGCCCACGCCUCAACCCCUCGAGGAGCACACCGAGGAGGAUGAUGACUCGGAUCCUCCCGAACUUCGAAGGGCUCGCACCCGCAGUCGCUCACCGAUCGAUCACGCCGCUGUGAAGCGUCUAUCAAGGCGGAUGAGCAACGCUUCCAAAGCGGGCAAGCUGAACAAGGAUGCUAUCCCGGAGGAACCAGUCAAGGUGAAUGGAAACGCCAGCACCAACGGUAACGGCAAAGCUGUCGCGACCAACGGCCACCUCGCGCCGCCGACGCCCUCAACGUCGAUAGGAUGGAGCUGGCGUGACUUUAGCCGGAGUCCCAGCCCUCUAGGACUCAUCCCCAUCCACAGGCACUUUAGGACAUUUGUGCACAAGCAUGAGGUGCCACGCAAAGUCCUCCACGUGUCGAUCGGCUUCUUCGUCAUCUGGCUCUACGUCACCGGCACUCAGACAACGGCGGUGACACCCUGGCUCAUGUCAGCACUCAUCCCCAUCACAACGGUCGACUGGCUCCGACAUCGAUACGCAUCUUUCAACCGCUUCUAUGUAAAGGUUCUCGGUGCACUGAUGCGCGAGAGCGAAUACAAUGGCUGGAACGGUGUCAUCUUCUACCUCCUUGGUGCCUGGAUCGUCCUCUACAGCUUCCCCAAGGAUGUCGGUAUCAUGAGCGUUCUCCUGCUCAGCUGGUGUGAUACCGCUGCCAGCACAUUUGGCCGCCUCUGGGGCCGAUACACCCCUCGCAUCCGCCGCGGAAAGUCCCUGGCCGGUUCCAUCGCGGCCGCACUGGUUGGCGUUGGAACGUCGUACUUCUUCUACGGCUGGCUCGUUCCAACCAUCGGACCCUUCCCUGGUGAUGAGAACUUUAUGUUCCAGGGCGUGCUCUCACUGCCCAAGACCAUCUGCGAGGCAGUUGGUGUGUCUCAGGAACAGGCCAGCAUUACUGGCGCUCUGGCCCUGGGAGUCAUGAGCCUGUGGUCUGGCUUCGUGGCAUCUGCCAGUGAGGCGGUGGACAUCUUUGGCUGGGACGACAACUUGACGAUUCCCGUGUUGAGCGGUAUCGGCAUCUGGGGUUUCCUCAAGGUGUUU